GUUACGUUACCUGAAGGGAAUUGACCAGUUAGGGCUCCAAAUAAUGCUCUCUCUAGGCCCCGAAGAGCACUGUUGACACGAUAAAUCAAGAUUCCAAAGACAUCAAAGGCUGUGAUCACUACACUGUACCAAAUACUAAACGGAAUUGCCAUACAAAUAGUAUUAACACCAAACUCUAACAUAAAACUAGAUCUAAAGUAUAAGACAGAAAGUGAAAAGCGGGGCAAAAUACAGUAAACCAGUGCCGACGAAAAAGUUUACUAUUCAAUAAUCGAAAUCGAAAUCCCCUAGACAUUACCCAACCAUUCGAAUUCUUGGUCGAUCCGCGUCAAGCAUACAAACAAACAUUUACUUUUGUCAUUUUUACUUUCGAUACCAUCGAGUUUGAAGACAUAGAUAAAGAGGAACAGUCCGUCCGGUUGCCAAGACUUGGUGCACCUCGACCGUCCGAAAAAGAAGAGAGAGGUUCAUAGAAGGGGGCUCAGCACCACUGUGCUUUCUAAAGAACUUUGGGUAGUUCAGUGCGUUGGUACGAUGGGUUCCAAAACCAUUUUGAACGUUCGGUUUCACGAAAAAAUUGGUUGCUUAUUUUUCGGGUCGCCCGGUAUACUGCGCAGACGAGGGUGCUUUUUUGACGGGGUGUCAUCACGGUGGUUGGCUCAGUGUGGAUACCUGCGCACAGAUACGGCUGUUGGAAUUCUACAAGUGAAUCGAUCACAACGCAAUGUGCAGGCUACAGCAGUGUCACCAAUGCAUCCUUGUGUACGUCCCGAGCAAGUCAUGACAACAUUACGAUCCUACGCUACCAUGAAUACCCAACAACCAGGACCCAUGCCAGAGUACCAAGUAGAUCCUUACAGAUUGCUGGAAGACGAUCUUAAGGAUGUAUAUAGUUAUAUUAAAACCGUGCUUAGGAGAAAUACGUACCAAGAGGGCCUCUACGAAAUAGCCACAUACUAUUUUGAUGGAAAUGGGAAAGCCCUAAGACCUAUGGUUGCUAUUCUAAUGGCAAGGGCUAUCAAUUAUCACAUGUACAAAGAAAACAGUGCGCUUUUGGCUUCACAAAGGGAAGUAGCUAUGAUUUCAGAGAUGAUCCACACAGCUUCAUUGGUCCACGACGAUGUUAUAGAUCAGUCCGAUUUUAGAAGAGGAAAACCCAGUGUAAACGUCAUGUGGAAUCAUAAACAGGUUACAAUGGCAGGCGACUUCAUCUUAGCGAUAGCGUCUAUGAUGAUAGCCAGAUUAAAAAAUAACGAAGUUACUCUAGUUCUUAGCCAGGUAGUUACUGACCUAGUCCAAGGAGAGUUCAUGCAAUUAGGAUCUAAAGAAACAGAAAACGAAAGAUUUGCUCAUUAUUUAACGAAAACAUACCGGAAAACGGCAAGCCUGAUGGCGAAUUCAGUGAAAUCCGUGGCAUUAUUGGCUGGUGCAGAUGAACAGCUCUCRGAAUUGGCUUACCAAUACGGCCGAAAUAUCGGCUUAGGGUUCCAAUUGGUGGAUGAUUUGCUCGAYUUUGUCUCGAGCUCAGCUAUGAUGGGCAAACCGACUGCAGCUGACUUGAAACUGGGUCUCGCUACAGCCCCAGUACUGUUCGCUUGUGAAAAAUAUCCCGAGCUAAAUCCAAUGAUAAUGCGACGUUUCCAAGAACCAGGCGACGUAGAAAGAGCUUUCGAACUGGUCCACAAGAGCAAGGGAUUAGAGCAAACGCAAUUUUUGGCAAAACAACAUUGCCAAGAAGCAGUCCGAAUAGCUAACAUGCUGAAAGAUAGUCCGUUCCAAAAAGGACUUUUAGUUACAGCUGACUACGUGUUGAAUAGAAUGAAAUAGCGACGACUUCUAAGGUUCAAUUUCUGUUAAUAUAAUUUUUAUAUGUACAUAUUUACAAUGAUGCGUGAGAGGCGAGUGAGUGCUGUUGAUUAUUUUGCAAUAAGGAUUAAUCAAAGUGUUCUUUGAUACCUCAGUUUCCUCUCUUGGGAACGACGACUUUUCGGUCUUACGCAAACUCCACGAGGAGACAGUGUUUAUAUCUACGAGGUUUGAUAAGAGGGGUUUUUAGUACCUGCUGAGUGAAUGGGGAGAGAAAUUAAGAAAUUAUAUCAUGUCUACUAAUAGAUGUUUUAUUAAAAAUGGUUUAUCUAUGAGUUGGGAAAGCAGUGUAGACAUACACAUUUUUAACAGAAUUAUGUAACUUGCUUUGCUACAUUGGAAUCAUUUUCCAAAUAGCUAAAAUUUUAAAAAUGCGUUUUGGGCCUUUCAAACCUUAGUGAUUCCGAUGUUUUAAAACGCUAUGCUUUUUUUAUUGAUUUCAACAAUUCAUUGAGUGGUUUAGGGAUAGAGCUACUACAGAAGCAAUGUAAAAAAAUUGUUAUAUCUUGGAUGGAUCUUUGAUGCUCGAUGUGUGACAUUUUUUAUUUAUCAUCUUCCUUUUUAUUUAUUAGAAUUGUUAUUUUCUUAAUAAAUCUUAUGCAUCUUUCUAACAUUUCUGUUCUCGUCGAAACUAUCUGCUACUGUUAACUGGACUCUCGGGUAGAAAACCGCAUUGGACAGGCAGUAACUCUUACAUUAAACCACUCAUAACAUCUUCUCUCCUAUCAAAUCCAUCUCUCUAUCAUAUCUAUCUAUCUACUCAAACAUAUUUUUUUUGGUCUACACUGCACUGUGACCAACUAGUUGCUCAUAUAUAUUUUGGCCUAUUCGGCUAAAUUAAGACUUUAAGUUAUGUAUUUUGCCACUUAAUCAUUUCUGAAACUAAAUAUUCUUUUUAGGUGCAUAUAAUAAAAUUCAUAAAUAUUAUAGUAUCGUAGUAACUAACUCUAAUAAGAAUAUCCAGUCAUUUGAUUUAGUCAAUUUUAUUUAAUGUAAUUUAAUGUAUAAUAUUGCAAGGAAUAAAUCUAGUGUUGAUUUGUUUCUGAAAAUAAUUUAUAGGUACCAUUGCCAGGAGUAACAUCCAGGCCAAAGUCAAUUUGUCUUUAUCUUCACAAAUCUUAUUCUUCAAAUUUACACAAAUUAGCUCCCAAUUUUUACAUUUGGUGCAAUUAUAAUACUCUGAUCUGUUUUUUCAUUAAAUAAGCACUAUUUAAAAUUAUAAUUUUCAGUAUCGAUACACGAUUAAUAAUCAUCUGCAUACAUACAUGUUUAUCAAUACCUUUAAUAUGUUUUUGUCUUCGACCUUUUAGCUAUUUUUUCGGUUAUAUUCUUUCUUUAUGUAUCACAAAUAUAUUUUUUCUUUUGUAUGCUUGUAUUAUUGGGCAUGCAAGCCACAUAAUAACAAACUACAAUUAUAUUUUUGGUCUUUCUACAAGAAAAUUCAUCACUUUAUUGGCAUAUAUUGUAAUCGGAUCAAAUGCGAAAAUGUUAUUGAGUUUUCUAUAACUUCAAUUUAAUAAUUUUUUUGGUGGUUGGCUAAGACUUUAUUUCAUUUAUUUUCAUUCUGAAUACCUUAGUUACUUUUAUUAUUGCUUUACGAAUUUUACUUAUUCAUACUGCUAUAAUAUACAUUAAUAGUACUUUCUACAUUUUUAAAAUGUUUCAUUCUUUAAUUGUUUUCUUUUUUUAAUUAUUUACCUAAAUAUCAAUUACUUUUGGUACAAAUAAAAUAUACCUACAUCAUCAAUUUUAUGUAUACAAUAAAAUUGCGAGGGCAAUUGAGAUUGCAAGUUAUGAGAUCUAUUGCUUUUUUUGUUCAAUUUUAUUUUCAAUUGUGUAAUAGACAAUAAAUUCCUGAUAUUUAUCAAUUGAAUCAUUUAAUGAUUUGCUAACAUUGCUUUGUUUUACCCCAUUUUUUAAUUAAUUUAUUGUUUAUCGAAAGUAAAUGUGUAAUAACUAAAUGAGACCCUUAAACUGAAGACAUACAAAUUUUGGAAACAUUUUAUUUUUAUUCGGUUUAGGAGGGAAUAGAUACGAUUGCGGCAUAAGAUAAUUUGUUUUUGGUUCAAUAAAUAACAGUUUUACAACAUUUAUUUUUUACUUGUGUGCUGUAUAAUUGUAUGUUGUGUUUUGACAAUUCAAAUUUCGAAUUUACAGACAAAACGCCUAAACUGCGUUUAUUGAGACAGGGGGUCAAUUUACGAUUCGGGAAAUUAAAUUAUUUUAUAACGAACAAAAUGAUAGAAUGAAGAAAUCAUAUUUACGAUUGAAGUUUAAAACGAAGAACGAACAAUUCUUGAACUUUUUGGGCAAUAAUUGUCUUCUUUCUUUACCAAAGUUCAUAUUUUCGUAAUAGUGUUACAAUGAUUUAAUUCCGGCUCUAUAUUAAGUGCAGGAAAAUUCCAUUAGUUUGAUUUAGUUGCUAAUAUAAAAGUUGUGAAUUUAAAAUCCAACUUCAGCAGAUUUUUGAAAAACCUAAGAAUUAAAUGAAAACAUAAAGGGAAAUUUAUUGCGGCUUAUUAAUUUAAAACCAAAACUCAUUAGCCGUAUAACUCAUCUGUUCACUAUUUAGGUACAUACUUUAGCAAAUUAUAAUCUAUGGAUUGCCCAAAAAACCUAAAUAUGGUUGUCAAUAUUCAUUAUCGUGUUAUUGGCUAAAAGACUUUGUGAAUAAGUACUUCAAGAUCCAUAUUUAUUCAUUAGCUGAUAUAUUGAAUACCAGAAUAACUUUCCUCCCUUUUAUCCGUUUCCGUUGCAUACAUUUCUUCGUGCGUAAACAUUCUAAAAACAUAAUAUUUUAGAUGCUUAGACAGUGGUACCUUGUAAAUAAAUUGUUAUUAUUGAUGGCAGUCUGUAUAAAAGGGAGUACUUUCUUUCCAAAAUGCUUCCUUUCACAUUAUUAAUUUGUACAUAUAAUACCAUGAUGUAGCUAUUUAAUUUAGAUGGUAGAACAACCUUUAUUGUUAUUUUUAAUAUACGUAAUAUAUGAUAAUCCAAAA